AGAACCGGUAUCGGAGACCAACAAACGGAGGCAGAAACGAAGGGGGAAAAGUAUCCAGCUCGUCGGCUUCCCCGAACACCUGCGCAGAGACGCGCGAGCGACCCCGCGUCUCCCUCCCUAUCCGACCCAUCCAAAUCCAAUCAAUCCCGGCAGGCUCCCCCCAUGAACAGCACCAGAGCAAUAGAUUACUGCCAGCUUAUAGAAUAAAAAAACAGAGAGAGAGAGAGGGGCAGAGAGCAGAAUAGAAUCAUCUUAUCGACUCCAUGGCUCCAUCACUAGACUAGAGAGAGAGAGAGAGCCUCUUCUCUUUAUUUCUCCUCGAUUUAUCCCCCAUUCCUUCGAGCCCAUCGACCAAUCCCAAGGAGGCGGAGGUGAGGGAGUUUGGCUUUCCCGUCGGGAGCUGAGGCUGGAGGAGAGGGAGAUGCAGCGGCGGCGGGGGCACACGUGGGCUGGGGUGGGGAAGACGGCGCAGGCGGUGGCGGCGCACGCGGCGCUCUUCUGCUUCACGCUCCUCCUCGCGCUCAGGGUCGACGGCCGCACCACCUACUCCUGGUGGAUAAUAUUCAUUCCUCUUUGGCUCUUCCAUGGCAUUGUUGCACGUGGAAGGUUUUCAAUGCCAGCCCCUUCAUUGCCUCAUGGUCGCCAUUGGGCACCUUGCCAUUCGAUUGUUGCAGCGCCUUUGCUGAUUGCGUUCGAGUUGCUUCUUUGCAUAUAUCUCGAAAGUGUAAGAGUUCGAAAUCAUCCAUAUGUUGAUCUGAAGAUUGUCUUCCUUCCUCUGCUGGCCCUUGAAGCAAUUAUCCUUAUUGACAAUUUUAGAAUGUGUAGAGCUUUAAUGCCAGGAGAUGAAGAAAGUAUGAGCGAUGAAGCUAUUUGGGAGACACUUCCUCAUUUUUGGGUUGCAAUUUCAAUGGUGUUUCUUAUAGCUGCUACAACAUUCACGCUUCUCAAGCUGUCUGGUGAUGUUGGCGCUUUGGGAUGGUGGGAUUUAUUUAUAAAUUAUGGGAUUGCGGAGUGUUUUGCAUUUCUUGUUUGUACAAGAUGGUUUAAUCCCAUGAUUCAUAGGCCUCCCACUCAUGGAGAGGCUAGCUCAUCAUCAGCGGCAAUUAGAUAUCGUGAUUGGGAAAGUGGCCUUGUCCUUCCAUCACUAGAAGAUAAUGAACAAGAGAACCUUUGUGGUCUCCCUGAUAUUGGAGGUCACAUGAUGAAAGUACCUCUGGUGGCUUUCCAAGUUUUGCUUUGUAUGCGAUUGGAGGCCACACCUCCUAGCGCUCGCUACAUUCCAAUAUUCGCUCUUUUCUCGCCACUAUUUAUUCUGCAAGGUGCUGGUGUCCUUUUCUCUCUAGCGAGAUUGGUGGAGAAGGUUGUUCUGCUAUUGCGUAAUGGACCAGUUAGUCCUAAUUACCUUGCAGCCUCAUCAAAAGUCCGUGAUUGCUUUGCUUUCCUUCAUCAUGGUUCAAGGCUUCUUGGUUGGUGGUCUAUCGAUGAAGGGAGCAAGGAAGAGCAAGCCCGGUUGUUUUAUGCUGAAUCUACUGGGUACAACACAUUUUGUGGCUAUCCACCUGAGGUAGUUAGGAAAAUGCCUAAAAAGGAUCUCGCAGAAGAGGUUUGGAGGCUACAGGCAGCGUUGGGUGAGCAAUCUGAAAUUACCAAGUGUACCAAACAGGAAUACGAAAGGCUUCAAAAUGAGAAGGUUCUUUGUAGGAUUUGCUACGAGGGAGAGAUAUGCAUGGUCCUACUUCCCUGCCGGCACAGAACAUUAUGCAAGUCUUGUGCUGAGAAGUGCAAGAAGUGUCCAAUCUGCCGGGUGCCAAUUGAAGAGCGCAUGCCUGUAUAUGAUGUUUAAACUACACUAACUCAGCUUAACAUUACAAAUUUGUACAUGCUGGUUCUGUCAUGUCGUGCAUUUGGACUCGAUCACAACUUUAAGCUGAUUGAGGUUUGCACAACUUCAAAAAGAUUUACCAUACAUGGGGAAAAUAUGAGUCGAUCAUGUCUAACCAAAAGCAUCGAAAGGUAGCUGAUGAGCAUUUUGCUGGUUCCAACGAUCUACUGUAAGUAUGUGGUCAAUGUAUUUCCCCUGUUGUGAUUGAUAGAUGUUUCAGAUAGCUUUGUUUGGGUAGCAUUUUCUCAAGGAUAUGCAAUUGUCUCAAUGUAAAUAAAGGCAUUGCUUUGUUUGAAUGUAGCCCUUGGUUGAGAAGAAAGUGAGAAAAACAAUGUAAACAUCCCUGUUGAACCCCAGAAAAUACCAGCGCUUAAUUAUCUGAUUGACAUGGUUUUUCAGUAAAGGAAACAAAUUAUAU